UAUCAUUACGAAUUACAAAACACGCUGUCGCCGGCUGUGAGAGUUUUUUUAUAUUGUACAUUACGAAAUCAAAUUGCUGUUGAAUUAAAUCCUUUGCCACAUUCUGAAGAUGAUACAACAACAGCGUCAACGUGUUGAGUCGGCAGUUACCGAGCUCAUAGAUGACAUGGAUAAAACGCAUCUUCGCAAAAUGCAGACAGAGAUGCAUUUGUGCGCUGCCAAGUGCUGCCAGGAUGGCACCUCCAGUGUGGACAGCGUGCAACGCUGCGUCGAUCGCUGCUCGGCUCCCAUGACCCGGGCACAAAACUACGUGCAACACGAGUUGGGCGAAUUUCAGGGCAGACUCCAACGUUGCGUCAUGCAAUGCAACGAUGAUGUCAAAGUUAAAAUGCCAGCCAAUCCCAACGAGGACCAAAUCGCCAAGUACACAGAUCAAUUCGAACGAUGCGCAAUACAAUGUGUCGACAAGCACGUCGGCCUUAUUCCUAGUCUCAUGAAAACCAUGAAAUCGGUGCUCUCCAAAGGCCCCGACAGCAUACCACAAACCUCCUAAGUCAUCUACAUAAACUCAUGCAUUUACUGAACACGCUACAUAUUCUAAUUAGUUUUUGAACCCUUUUUUAAUGUUUGGCAAAAAUAUAUUGUUAACUCUGAGUA